AUGUUUCCUAAUGGAAAUUGUGAGUGUCUUUUAUUGGUUACUUUAUUUCACCAGAAGACCAAAAGCAGCCAGAAAAUCAGCAUCAACAACACUGAGUUGGAAGAGGUGAAAGACUUCAAGUACCUUGGGAGUUACAUCUCAGCUGAUAGUAACAUUGAGAAAGAGAUCUCAACCAGGAUUAGACUUACAGCCCAGGCAUUCAAGAGACUACAGAACAUAUGGAAGUCUACAGCCCUGCAUACCAAAACAAAACUGAAGAUCUACACAUCCAAUGUCCGCUCAGUCCUUCUGCACGCGUCUGAGACCUGGAGAACCAACACCAAGGUUGAGAGUAGGCUAAGAGGCUUCGAGAGUCAUUGUCUACGCUGCAUUCUCAAGAUCCGCUGGCAACAACAUGUCACUAACGUAGAGGUCAACAGACGCUCCGGGAUCACCAACAUUGUUCAAGAGGUCAAGUCCAGACGAUGGAGAUGGCUGGGUCAUGUUCUGAGGAUGAACAAGCAGAGGCAUCCCCACAAAGUACUGAGAUGGACACCACAAGGCCAGAGGAAGAGAGGUCGUCCACUAGGGACCUGGAGGAGAACCAUCGAAGAGAUGAAGGCAGCAGGCAAGACCUGGAACGAGCUGAACUGGUUAGCUCAGGACAGGGAUGGCUGGAGGAGAUUUGUUGGUGCCUUGUGCUCCACCUGGAGCGAAGAGAAUUAG